AAGAGGCAGGAAGACAGGACCAUGUCGAAGGGCCCCGUGCCCGGCGGCUCCGCAGCUUCCUCGGCGCCCCCGGCCGCUACCGCUCAGGUGCUGCAGGCACAGCCCGAGAAACCGCAGCACUACACGUACCUGAAGGAAUUCCGCACAGAGCAGUGCCCACUCUUUGUGCAACACAAAUGCACGCAGCAUCGGCCCUACACCUGCUUCCACUGGCACUUCGUGAACCAGCGGCGCCGACGGUCCAUCCGCCGACGGGACGGCACCUUCAACUACAGUCCUGACGUCUACUGCACCAAGUACGACGAGGCUACAGGCCUCUGCCCGGAGGGCGACGAGUGCCCAUUCCUGCACAGGACUACAGGGGAUACUGAGCGCAGGUACCACCUUCGUUACUACAAAACUGGAAUCUGCAUCCACGAAACAGACUCAAAAGGCAACUGCACCAAAAACGGCCUGCACUGCGCUUUUGCUCAUGGGCCCCAUGACCUCCGCUCCCCUGUCUACGACAUCAGGGAGCUCCAGGCCAUGGAGGCCUUGCAGAAUGGCCAGACCGCAGUAGAGGGCAGCAUAGAGGGCCAGUCAGCUGGGGCUGCGAGCCACGCCAUGAUAGAAAAAAUCCUCAGUGAGGAGCCUCGGUGGCAAGAGACAGCUUAUGUGCUGGGGAACUAUAAGACGGAGCCGUGCAAGAAGCCCCCGCGGCUGUGCCGCCAGGGCUACGCCUGUCCCUACUACCACAACAGCAAGGACCGGCGGCGGAGCCCCCGGAAACACAAAUACAGGUCAUCUCCUUGUCCAAAUGUCAAACAUGGAGAUGAGUGGGGAGACCCCGGCAAAUGUGAGAACGGAGAUGGUUGCCAGUACUGCCACACCCGCACGGAGCAGCAGUUCCACCCGGAGAUCUACAAAUCCACCAAGUGCAACGACAUGCAGCAGUCGGGCAGCUGUCCCCGAGGACCUUUCUGCGCCUUUGCCCACGUAGAACAGCCACCCCUAAGUGAUGACCUACAGCCUUCCUCAGCUGUGUCCAGCCCCACCCAGCCGGGUCCCGUCUUGUACAUGCCAUCUGCUGCCGGAGACUCGGUGCCUGUGAGCCCCUCCAGCCCGCAUGCCCCUGACCUCAGCGCCCUCCUCUGUAGAAACAGCAGCCUAGGCAGCCCAUCUAACCUCUGUGGCUCCCCGCCGGGCUCCAUCAGGAAGCCCCCAAACCUGGAGGGCAUUGUCUUCCCUGGGGAAUCUGGCCUUGCCCCUGGCAGCUAUAAGAAGGCUCCUGGCUUCGAGAGGGAAGACCAGGUGGGAGCCGAGUACCUGAAAAAUUUCAAAUGCCAGGCCAAAUUAAAAUCUCAUUCACUAGAGCCCAGAAGUCAAGAGCAACCUCUGCUUCAGCCCAAACAGGACAUGCUGGCCAUCCUCCCUGUGGGCAGCCCCCUGACCUCAAGCAUCUCUUCUAGUAUCACCUCCAGCCUGGCAGCUACACCCCCUAGCCCCGCGGGCACCAGCAGCGUCCCUGGCAUGAAUGCAAAUGCUCUGCCCUUCUACCCCACCAGCGACACGGUAGAGUCAGUCAUAGAAUCUGCUUUGGAUGAUCUGGACCUAAAUGAAUUUGGGGUGGCCGCCCUGGAGAAGACUUUUGAUAACAGCACAGUGCCCCACCCAGGCAGCAUCACAAUCGGUGGCAGUUUGCUGCAGAGCUCUGCACCUGUGAACAUCCCUGGCUCCCUGGGCAGCUCUGCCUCCUUCCACUCAGCAUCCCCAUCCCCUCCAGUCAGCCUUUCCUCACACUUCCUGCAACAGCCCCAAGGCCACCUGAGCCAGUCAGAAAACACAUUUUUGGGGACCUCAGCAUCACAUGGAUCUUUGGGUCUGAACGGGAUGAACAGCAGCAUCUGGGAGCACUUUGCCUCCGGAAGCUUCUCCCCGGGCACUUCCCCUGCCUUCCUGUCAGGGCCAGGGGCUGCUGAGCUGGCCCGGCUUCGGCAGGAGCUAGAUGAAGCCAACGGCACCAUCAAGCAGUGGGAGGAGUCCUGGAAGCAGGCCAAGCAGGCUUGUGAUGCCUGGAAGAAGGAGGCGGAAGAGGCCAGUGAGCGGGCCAGUGCAGCCGGCGCCGAGUGCGAGUUGGCCCGGGAGCAGCGGGACGCGCUGGAGGUGCAGGUGAAGAAGCUCCAGGAGGAGCUGGAGCGGCUGCACUCGGGGCCUGACCCCCAGGCCCUGCCCGCCUUCUCAGACCUGGAGGCACUCCCGCUCGCCACCCUCUACUCCCUCCAAAAGCAGCUGCGGGCCCACCUGGAGCAAGUGGAAAAGGCUGUGUUCCACAUGCAGUCCGUGAAAUGCCUUAAGUGUCAGGAGCAGAACCGGGCGGUGCUGCCAUGCCAACACGCUGUGCUGUGCGAGCUCUGUGCCGAGGGCAGCGAGUGCCCUGUCUGCCAGCCCGGCCGGGCCCAUGCCCUCCAGUCGUGACGCUGCAGGCCUGGCCCGGCCUGGCCCAGAUCUUCUCAUCUAGGACUUUUUUAAAGUGUAUAUAUAUAUAUAUAUAUAUGUAUGUAUGUAUGUAUGUAUAUGUAUAUGAUUCUGUAUAUGUAUAC